AUGGAUAAUUUGCCCGAAAAUGAUUUUAUUCUUCCUUUUUCUGUGCAUAUAAAAAAAGGUAAAGAAGAAAAAAGAUACCUAAACAAAAGUUAUUUUGAAAAAUAUAAAUGGUUAACUUUUUCUAAAACAAUGUCAGGACUAUAUUGUAAAUUUUGUGUUUUAUUCGGUCAUAAAGGAGGGAGAUACAAAACGAUUACAUUAAGUAAAUUUGUUUCUAAACCAUUAAAAAAGUACUCUAAACUCUUAGGAAAAGAUGGGGAUCUAGAAGUACACAGCAAAAAUAUUUAUCACAUAAAUUGUGUUCAAGUUGCAGAUGAUUUUAUGAAAACCUUUAAUAAUCCCCAAAAAGAAGUGAUAAAUUUAAUAAACAGUGAAAGAAUGAAACAAAUUACAGAAAAUAGAAAUCGUCUAAAACCCAUUGUAGAAUCUAUCAUAUUCCUAGGUCGUCAAAAUAUUCCAUUACGGGGUCAUCGAGAUAAUGGAGACUUUUUUGAAAAUUAUAAUGAAGGACAUUCUAUUGUAAAUCAAGGUAAUUUUCGUGAACUUCUCAACUACAGAAUAAAGGCUGGGGAUUUAGCUUUAGAAAAUCAUUUGAAGACAACACACUCUAAAGCAACCUAUAUAAGUCCUGUCAUUCAAAAUGAACUCAUUGAUUGCUGCAAAUCAACCACCGACAUCAGUCAUACAUCUCAAAUGAGUUUGGUGCUCAGAUAUUUAUGUAAAGGAGUUGUGAAAGAAAAUUUUGUUUGUUUUAUUGAUUGUCAUGCUUAUGCAUACAAUGAAAAAUGUACCACCUUAAUCGGAGACGAUGAGGAUAAAAAUGAUAAUAUUAAUGAAAAAGAUAUUAAUUUUGAACCAAAACUAAAUGGUGACACUUUGGGUGAAAUAGUAAUUUCUUUAUUAAAAAAUUAUGGCCUUGACCUACAAUAUUGUGUUGGAGUUGGAACUGACGGCUGUUCUGUGAUGGUAUCAGAAGUGCGAGGUGCAGUUAAAAAAAUUCAGUCAUAUGCAAAAAAUGCUGUCCAUAGCCCCUGUUCAAAUCACAGUCUGAAUUUAUCUAUAUCUAAAUCAUCUACAGUUCAGUCUAUUAGAAACAGUGUCGGACUAAUGAAAGAAAUAUUACAGUUCUUUAACUGUUCAUCAAAAAGAAAUUUUGUUUUGAAAACAAUUUUGAAUGGUCAGCAACGCUUACUAAGCUUAUGUGAGACCCGUUGGACUGAGCGCCAUGAUAGUGUCAUGGUAUUCAAAACAUCUAUACCGUAUAUAAUAAAAAGUUUAACAAAAAUUUCUGAAUGGCAAGAAUCUGAUUCAUCUUCUAAGGCUAGAACUUUAUUAACAGCUUUAUGUAGUUGUGAAUUCAUAAUUGCAAUUCAUUCUUUAGCAAAUAUUUUAUGUGUGACAGCACCUGUUAGCCGUAUUCUCCAAGGUUUGAACUAUGAUAUAUUAAAUGCUAAAAACUGUAUUGAUGAUAUAAUAUUUAAUUUAGAAAAUAAACGUACCAAUUGUCUUGUAAUAUUUGGAGAUAUAUAUCAAGAGUGUGUAUUGUUAAUGAACGAAAUGGAUAUCGAAGUAAAAAUCCCUAGAUUAUCGAAAUAUCAAACAAAACGCUCUAACCAUCCAAAGACUUAA